GGGAAAUAUGAAGAAUAAAGUGGAUAGGAUCAAUCCAGAGAUCUUUGAUGAACCUCCUCUUCAGUUUAAUCAGUCGGAUGAUUAUGGAUGGACAGCUAUAGCAAGGUCUAUUGUGCAAAUGGAUGGAGAUAUUCAGAAAUAUGUAAGACAGAUGAGGAAGAAGAAGACAGCGGAAGAGAAUUUCAAAAAUUUACCGUUUAUGUUGACAACCAAGAGGAAAAGAUUGCAAAAAGGGAAGGAAAAGAUUCAUAAUUUUGGCCGUAAAAACAUGAUCAAGUUUGCUGACCAGAAUACAAUCAAAUUUGAAGUCGCCCGAAGAAAAACCUCUUCCUUCAAAAGUGUGCCGAGAAAUAUACCGAAAAAUAAGGAGAAGCCUCAAAGUAUUAUCAAAAACAGUGGAGAUUUAUGUAAAAGCACAAUCCCAAUUACCAAACCUCUAGAUCAGUAUUGUACAUCUCUUAUUCUAGAUUUCCUCACUCCAAAUAAAAUUAUCCAGAUGAUCAAAGAAAGAAUGAAAGAAGUAAUGAAGAGGAAGAAAGAUCAAAAGUCCUCACCUGAAAGAGCCAAAGAGGAACUGAUAAAAACACUUAAAAAGUCUUAUACCAAAACGAAGUACCAAAAGUUAGAGACAUUCCUGAACUCUCCGGAGAAAGCAGACUACGAUCACAAGAUUUCUCUAUUAAGAGUGUCUGAAGAAGACCCUCUGAGUUUGUCCAGCAAAAAUCAUGCUAACACAUUAAGCGAUACCAAAAGGAAACGAGUCAAGAUGAAGUCCUACUCCAUCAUGAAUGGAGAAAGGGCACACUAUAACGAAAGUCUUCUUUUAAGAAAAAGAAGUCUCCAGAGGAAGAAGCAACAUUCGCGGCUGUCCCAGAUGAGAAGUAACGUCAUUGCAGUCUCUUACCACGGAAGUGAGCUCUUCCCUCUUCCAGAUCAGAGAUCUGGAAGAGGGAAUGGCACUUCAGGGUCAAAGAGACAUACAUCUGAGGACAACUUCAUCAGGAGGAACAGUAUGUACGGUUGUCGUAUAUAUAGAAACCGACUUUACCUUCAACGAUAAUUAUGACCCAAUCGAAAAUAGUGAUGAAGAAAUUAAUGAGGAGAGGAAGCUCAUGACGAACCCUUAUCUACACAAAACAACUAUAAAAUCUUGGUAUCCCUCUGGAUCAAAAGGAAGAAUUUCUGAAAGGAAACAGGAAUUUGAAGUGCCUGUAAAGAACAGAACCAUCGACUACACUGUAGGAGUUGGAAAGAAGAGUCCCAGAAUGAAGUUCAAAAAGCCAAUCCUAAGAAAAAGGAGCAAGUACAUCUACAGAUUAAUGUAACCUCUUUCUAAAAGAAAUUGC